AUGGACGACGCCGGAAUGUCGCUUUUCGAAGGGAUGGACUUCGUCGAUCCCUCCACACUCCUCUCCCCACCCCGCGCCAUCACCCCGUCAUUCGAGUCGCCUGACUCCUCCCGCGCCGCUCCUCCCGCCGACGCGCAGCACCAAGAGCUUCCCUCAGCAGGCGAUCUCGCCAAGCCGGGCUCUUCCUCUCAAUCCCCGAUACAAGCUUCCUCAUCCGCUUCGUUACAGGCAUCUGUACCUCCGGAAGGCACAGACGAAGCGAUAAAGUCCGCACCGCUGGACGCUUCGCUGUUCACUUCGGAACCCGCCGCCACACCAGCGGACACGUCACCAGCCACGUCAGCAGCCUCUGCAGCAGCCAUUGCGGGAUCGGCAGCGGGAAGUCCAUCGCCGCUGUCUCCCGCAGCCGCCCUAGCAGCCCUCUCGCCUUCCGUUGCCGUCCUCUCGCCGUCCCUGCUUCCUGUAACGGCACCGGCCAGCAGCGGCGGCUCGCCCAUUGUCGGCUCUCCUAGCGCCAGCGUGGCAGGCUCGGCGGCCUCCUCAGGGAGCGUGUUAGCCGGUUCCGUUGCCAAGCCUGUCGGCCUGGUCCGGAAGAAGAAGCGGAGCAUCAGGAUCGGGUACGAGCGGGACUCUGCGGAGGAGUCAGCAGGUUCGGCGGGGACAGUGGCGGCGAGAUCUGCGGACGCGAGUGGCAGCAAUCAGGCAGCAGGAUUGGCAGGUUCGCAUAGCAGCCAAUCAGAGACGGAGAUUGUUGCUGGCGACGGAGAGGAAAGAGGAGAGGCUGGGGCGCCGGUCAGGGGGGGUCGUGUGGAAGAGCGGGGGGAGGAGGGGGGCGGUGGCGACGGGCACGCUGCAGCUGGUGCGGAUGGCAAGGCAGCCGAGGGUUUGGAUGCUACUCGUGGCUCUGAGGCUGCUGCUGCUGCUGCUGCUGACGACAGCAAAGCUGGCAGUGACGUCAUGACAGAUGAGACGAAGAAGGGUGUGUUUAGUGCGUACUCAGCAGCCAAUGGGAUCGCAGAAACUAUUGAGGUGGAGGAGAAGAAGACGGUUGUAGAGGCAGCAGCAGAACCUGCUGACGUGGCAGGAAGUGCAGAAGUGGGGAGUCAAGAUGGAGAGCAUGAAACUGCUGAUCUGUCGCCUCCUCCAGCCAUGUCAGCCGACCAUCCUGCUGAUGCAGCAACGUCAGGCUCGGACGAAGCAGGAAAGGAGGGAACGGAGGCUACAGGGGCAGAUGGGACAGAAAGGAAGGAAGGGGGAACAGAAGAGACAGCAGGAGCCAUGGCGACAGGGAGGGAAGACACAGGGGGUGCGGAGGGUGGGGAGGGAGAAAACGAUGUUGGGGAGGCAGAAGCUGGUCUGGGGGGAGAGCUAGAACAACAAGUGAAGCGCCUCCUUGCUGACGUGGCAGCUAAUCUGACCGCUGUCCAGGCCAAGAUCCGCGAUGCCACAUCAGCACGGAAACGGGCGGUCCAGAUGCGCCGGCAGGCAGCUCAGCGGGCGGCAGCCGCUGCGAAGCGAUUGGAGGAGAUUGAAACUGAGCUGGCAGCGGCGUGCGAGGCGGAGGAGUUUGAGCUAGCGGACGAGCUGAGCCAGCGGGCGGAGCGGGCGGCGGGCGAGGUGAAGGACUGGGGGGGCGAGGUGGCGCAGGCGGAGGAGCAGGUGGCGCGGUGCAGCAGUGACGUGCUGCGACUGACGAGUGAGGAGGCAGAGAUUGAGGUCGGGGCUGCUGAGGCCCUGCGACGCAUUCACAGGGUGAGUGGCGGGAUGGGCAGUGAGAAGGGGGGUGGGAUUAGCUGGAGUACCCUUCUGAGAAUUCUCAAAAGUGACACACACAUAUCCGUCUCCACUCCCCCUGCUUCUCGCUCUUUCCCCUCUCCCCAAUUUCUCGCUGUCUGCUGCCAGCAAGCAGCAGCUGCUGCCGCAGAAGCCAAGCAAGCAGCGCAGCAGCAGGGGGAGGAGGAGGAGGGGCGGGUGGCAGCAGAGGAGGCUGACGUGGACAUCAAGAAGCGCAAGCUGGCGGUUGAGCGGCGCGUGCUGGAUGAGGAACGCGCUGAGCUGGCAGCCAAGGUGGACGCUGCCACGUCAGCGGAGCGCCAGGAGCGUGAAGAGCUGGAGAAGGGGCGUGCUGAGCUGGAAUCUGAGCUGGCAGCGCUGAUGGAGCAAGUGCGAGCAAAGGAGCAGGAGAUAGAGCAGCAGAGCGUGCUUAUAGCGAAGGUGGAUGGGAAGAUCUCAGCCGUUGCUGGCAGGUUUGAGAAAGUGAGGGGAGGAUUGGAGGAGGAAGAGAGGAAGGUGGUUCAGAUGGAGGAGGAAGUGAGGGAGAUGGAGAAGCGCGUGGAGGAGGGGAGGAGGAGGGUGGUGGAGGUGGUGGAGGAGGGGAGGAGGGUGGCGGAGGGACUGGAGAAGGUGGGGAGCAGGGCGGAGGAGGAGGCUGAGAGGCUAGAGCAGGCGGUGGAGGGGAGGAGGAGGGAGGCGGAGGAGGUGAGGGCGGUGGCGCAGCGGCGGGAGGAGCUGGCAGCCGCGGAGAAAGACGCCCAGGCGGACCUGGAGGCGCUUGGGCAGGCCAUGGGCGAAGUGAAGACGAGCCUGCAGGUGAGCGGGGGAUGCAUUGAGGGGGAGGGGGUAGAGCAGGCUGAACUCAGCAACACACCAGCAUGCACACACCAGCAUGCACACACCAUCAUGCACACACGCAUCUCUACCAUCUCGAUACCCCCCCUCUCCAUCUCACACCCCCCCCUCCACCUUCUCUUCUCGCCCACCAAACCAAUCCUUGUGGACCUGCAUAGCGUUGCAGAAUGCCUGGUGCAGCUUUUUCCUCCUGUUCCACUCCCCUCCUUCCCUGACGCCCCCCACUUUCAUGCCCCCCCACCUUCAUCCUGCCCCACCUUCUCCUCACCACUGCCUCUCGCCCCACAGGAGCUGAGUGCGGCGCGCCAGAAGGCCCAGGAGGAGCUGGCCGCGGUGCACCAGCGCCUGGCCGCUGCCGCCCGCCGCAUCCCCGAGCUCGACGCACAGAAAAAGGCGGCGGCCGCCGCCCGGAACUUCAAGGAGGCCGCCCGGCUGGCCGCCGAGGCAAAGCUGUUUUCCAACGACCGUGAGGCGGCAGAGCGGCAGGUGAAGGAGUGCGGGGAGGAGAUUGCACGCGUGGAGCGGGAGGAGGCGGGGAAGCAGGAGGAGGUGUGUGCGAUGGAGGAGAUGGUGAGGGAGCGCGAGCGGGAGGUGGGCGUGGCACGGUGUGCGCGGCUGAGACUGGUGGCGGCGGUGGCACGGCGGGAGAUGGAGGCGGCGGCGGAGGGGGAGGACUGGGAGGAGGCGGAGGGGCUGCAGGGGGAGGCAGAGGCGGCUGAGAGCGAGGCGGAUGCGGUGCAGCUGCAGUGGGGGCUGCAGGGGGAAGAGUAUGAGCGCAGGGAGUGA